AUGGAUGUUGAUAUAGGAUGUUAUUUUGAAGAGAAACGCUAUGACGACAAACUGUUAGACUUCAUCAGAUAUGACGUUAAAACACCUAAAAAGACUAAAUAUAUACUACAAAGGCCUACGGCGACAGAUGAAGAGAGUGUACGAUUACAAAGGUUUUACCAAUUAGGAGUAGAUCUAAAAUUGAAGUAUUCCAAGCGGAGGUCAUUGAAGAAGCAAGGGCGGAUCAAGAAUGCUACUGAGGAAUUGCUGCGAUUAGCCAAUGAACAGUUGAAACUUUUCAACAGAAUAGUAGAAAGAGAAACCAAUUGGAUAAUUUAUCCGCUGUGGGUAAUGGCUAAACAAUUAAUUCGUCUGGCAAACGAAUCUAGUGAACUUAAUAAAGACUCAAUUGAGGAAUGUGGACGCACUAUCCAUAGAAGCUUUACUAUAUGCCUCAAUGAUAGGAACCCAAGAUUGAAUGAAAAUAAAAAAAUCGGGUGUUAUAUGUUUGCUAAUCUAGAGUUUUCCAUCUACCAUCGGUUAAGUAAUAAAGAUAUGAUUAAAAAUUUAGUGAAAGUCCUCGAGAGCAGAGUGAACGCCCGGGAUAUACCACCGUUGAAUAAAAGCCUGGCAAUGGAACAUAAGUCUCAAGUGGUGUUGUAUAAUUAUUAUCUAGGUCAAUACUACGGAUGUCUGGAAAACGAUCACGAACGCGGGUUCUUCCAUUUAAAUGAAGCAUUAUUGCAAUGUCCAAUGCUAUAUGUGGAAUCUACCGGCAAGUUCGUCUUACAGGGCCAAAUGGAAAAGAUAAUGAUACUGCUGGUUCCGCUUGCUCUUUUAACUAAAAGGUUGUACCCUCACUGGGAUCAUCCAGUAAUCGCCGGAGUAAUUACUAGGAGUAAGCGCUUAAGUCAAGUUUAUCCGACAUUAGUGCGUAGCGUAAUCUCAGGGAACCUGUCACUGUACGAGGCUACCGCAGCAAGCCAUGAAAGAUUUUUCCUUUCGCAAGGAUUGCAUGUCGUCAUCACAUUACUUCGAGAGGUGGUCUUCACUCGGUUGGUACAACGAUGUUGGCAAUGGGGGAAUGAUCGGAAAAGUAUCAUGCCCUUGAAAAUUCUUCUGGCAACAAAACAACACGAUAGUUCUGCCAAUGAGGACGAAGAGGAGCAGUUGGAUGCCCUAGAAUGCCGUCUAGCAAGUGCUAUAGCAAGUGGGCUUUUGCGUGCUUAUCUUUCUCACUCCAACCGCUGCAUCGUUUUCAGUAAGAAGGAGCCCUUUCCCCAUAGCAAAUGA